AUGGCGGUUUUCGACCCGAGUCGCAUGGAUCGAAAUGAAACCCCAACGGAACCGACCGCGAUACCAGCUGGUAUGGCACCCGAAAGUUCCUCGAUUACGCGACAAAGUCUUCACAUUGAACAGGCUAACGGCACGGAAGGGACGGAUGGCUUGCCAAAAUGGUUAAGUCAAAUGAUGGCGACCGCACCCUCUGCGAGGCUAUCAUGUUUGGCGCUGAGGUUCAUACAGAGGGCAUUCCAGUCAGAGGCCUUGCAUAAAGGUCACCUUUUUGCCUGCCGGCGAGCUAUCCUACAAGAUAAACUCAAAGAAGUGUCCAUGGAAUGCUCCUCUGAGGAGCAAACCGCACAAUUGACGGACAACGAAAAUGAACACCGGGCGGACGUGUUGUCGGGUCUUCAGGAGGAGGAUGGGGAGUCAUUGGAUGCGCUAGACCCCAGUGCGCUCGCUGUCGAGAAACCUCACAGCCAAAGCGAAGCAGCCGUCGAUCCUCAUGACUUGCGGCAUCAAUUGCGUGAGCUAGCGAUGGAGGAAGCGACUUAUGAGGCAGCCCUUCGUACCAAGUUGGAGCUUACGGAUCGUUUACUAAACAUCGACCGAUAUCCACAUGGUUCUUGUCAUGCCACUGGCGAAGCGGUCAAUCGCGACGCGAUCGAUACAAUGGAUUGUAGAGGAAAUGACCGCAUCCACGUCGAAAAUGGUGUGCGCUCUGAUAGUCCCUCCCAACUGCGAAUCGGAAAUAAUGAGCCAGGGGAAUCGCUACGCGAAGGUGGGUUUGUGCAGGAAAGUGCUGUGGAUUCGGCAGCACAGCACCCCCCCCCUCAAUGUUGUGAUGACGCCACUGCGGCGGUCCUGAAUGGUAAGGAGUCGUCUCGAUUUAUCAAAGAGAGCACGAGCAUGUUGAAAGGCGAUGGGCUUCUGGGCCGUCAAGGCAAUGCGUUUGAGAUUAUCCAACUUGAACCCGAAGAGCUCACCGAUGACGAUCCAGUUUUACGCCAUUCACCGAAUACUCCUACCUUUGACCACCCGAAUAAUGGAUCGGAUCGACGGCAAGAGCUCAGGUGGUUUCAAAGAGAAAUCCAGCGCUACCUGUGGCCCUCAGGUCUAGAACAACGCAUUAGGCACAGUUUGCACGGUUAUGUGCGCCCCUCCCUCCGGAGUUGGCGUCCUAACGUUGCGCGAACCGGGGCUUCGACCGUUCCUGGACAAUCCCAAUUCGACAUGGCGAUCCCACCAGAGGAGUUGGCGACCCAUACUGCGAUGAACGCACCCUUUGGAGAUAGCCCGUAUCGCGAACGCGUGAAGUGUGAGGCCAGCAUGCAAAAAGGGUCUAUGGGCGUUCCUCCCCAACUUUUGCCAAUCCAUACAAGUGAAGUGGACAGCCCCCUCUCAAAGGCGUCGUACAUAGUGCCAAAACUCCCGUGGAGGGGCACGCGGGGGAUACUCUUGGUUCGGGGGGCCGGAGACUUCAUGGCGUCCGAGGUGGCUUUCUCGACGUUCUGA